GUGUGUUCUCGUGCUAUUUUACUCGUGUGCACUUUUUGCCCGCACUUUCUGGCCAGUGAUAAAAACCUAUUCAGCACUACGUGUAGUAACGAUAAAAAAGGCAUUUUGUUGUUGUGCCCGGGCUGUUUUUACUUGAUAUCGCAGCAGAAGAUAUAGAGGACAAUAUGAUGAAUAAGCGUCGACGAAAUGUGAAUUACAACAACAAUGAUUUGCUGUCAAACAACAAUUACACCAUUCAGAAAUUCUGUCUGCAGCACAAAAAUUGCUCGGGAACGUCAGAGGAGUGCCUUCAGGUCGCGACGAAUGUUACGGAGCAGAAGCACCAUGUGACGCGGGAGAUUCGAGGUCAGAAUCUGGGCAUUUGUAGGGGUUUCCGCGGAUGCACUCUGUGGCUGACGGGACUGUCGGGCGCCGGCAAGACGUCCAUUGCCUUCGAGUUGGAGGCCUAUCUCGUGUCACGCGGCAUUCCCUCCUACGGUCUCGAUGGUGACAAUGUGCGAACGGGACUGAACAAAGAUCUGGGAUUCUCACAGGCUGACCGCGAGGAGAACAUUCGUCGUGUGGCUGAAGUGGCGAAGCUCUUCGCGGACAGCGGUGUUGUGGCAAUCUGCAGCUUUGUGUCGCCGUUCGCCGAUGACCGAGACAUGGCUCGGAAGAUCCACAAAGAUUCAGAUCUAAAAUUCUUCGAAGUGUUCAUCGACACGCCGCUGGCAGUGUGUGAGUCGCGCGAUGUGAAGGGACUGUACAAGAAGGCGCGCGAAGGUGCAAUUCAGGGCUUCACGGGAGUGACUCAGGCCUACGAGCCGCCCGAGACGCCAGAUCUGGUGGUGAAGACUGAAGGUCUCAGUAUUAGACAAUCCACGCAGCGGGUGAUUGAGUUGCUGGAGCGUGAGCACGUGAUUCCGCGCACACUGCGCGACAGCGAGCGCGUGCCGGAGUUGUUUCCGGUGGGCGCGAAGAAGGCAGCUUCGUGGGCGGAGGCGAACAAUCUGCCCGCACUGGCGAUCACCACAGUGGAGCUCCAGUGGCUGCAGAUCCUCUCUGAAGGCUGGGCCAGUCCGCUCAAGGGAUUCAUGCGCGAGAAGGAGUACCUGCAGACGCUCCACUUCAACUGUGUCCUGAACAAUGGCGAGACGGCGCGCAGCAAUCAGUCGGUGCCCAUUGUGCUGUCCAUGAAUGACUUGGACAGGGAGCGCCUAGAUGGAGUGAGUGCUAUCACGCUGUGCUAUGACAGCAAACCCGUGGCCAUUCUGCGAUGUCCGGAGUUCUACUACCAAAGAAAGGAGGAGCGGUGUAGUCGUCAAUUCGGCACAAACAACCCCAAUCAUCCCUACAUUAGGAUCAUCCAAGAGUCUGGGCCGCACCUCGUGGGCGGCGAGGUGGAGGUGCUGGAGAGAAUCCGCUGGAAUGACGGACUGGACCAGUAUCGCCUGACGCCCAAUGAGCUGCGACAGAAGUUCAGCGAGAUGAAGGCGGACGCUGUGUUUGCCUUCCAGCUGCGCAAUCCCAUUCACAAUGGACACGCGCUGCUCAUGCAGGACUGCCGGCGUCAGUUGCUGGAACGCGGCUUCAAGAAUCCCGUGCUGCUGCUCCAUCCGCUAGGCGGCUGGACUAAGGACGACGAUGUGCCGCUGCCCGUGCGAAUGGCACAACACCAGGCGGUGCUGGACGCCGGCGUGCUGUCCAGGGAGCACACGGUGCUGGCCAUCUUCCCCUCGCCAAUGAUGUACGCCGGACCGACGGAGGUGCAGUGGCACGCGAAGGCGCGCAUGAAUGCCGGCGCCACGUUCUACAUCGUGGGCCGAGAUCCCGCGGGAAUGCCCCAUCCCGACGCCGACAUGUAUCCAGACAAGAACCUGUACGACGGCACACACGGAGCGCGCGUGCUGAAGAUGGCACCGGGUCUCAAUCAGAUCGAGAUUCUGCCCUUCAAGGUGGCGGCGUACGAUAAAGUGGCACAAAAGAUGGCCUUCUUCGAUCCAUCGCGCAAGGAGGACUUUCUCUUCAUAUCCGGCACAAUGAUGAGAGGAUUCGCGAGGAACAACGAACUUCCGCCAACGGGCUUCAUGGAGCCGAACGCAUGGAGAAUCCUAGCACAAUACUACCAAUCACUCCAGAAGAAAUGAACUUGGACAUUCUUGUAGGGUGAUAGAUGGUUAACCGUUGUAUCUUCAUCAAUGUUUCGUAUACUAUUAUACAUAUUUUUAUUAUUUUAUGACCGCUAAAUACAUUGUUUUUCAAUGGGGACACGAGACUUUGGCUUUUGCGGCAAUCAGAAAAAGACACUCCACUCCAUUGCCAUCGUGACUUGAAGGACGAGAUAGCGUCAGUCAAGCAACUUUAAUUAUCUUGUAUAACCAGAUUAUUUAAGCGGAUUGCCUGGUGACGAGUUAAUCUUUGACGAUAACAAUCAGUUUACCUUAGAGACUAAUAGUCCACGGACUUUAUCAAACAAUGAAAAUUUUCCCAAAUCAACCAGGACAAAAAUCAUCUCACUUUCGGAAUUCAA